GCGUUUGUCGGGACGAGGUGCACUUCUGUUCCGGUUUGUGGUGUACAUACAUAGUGUACCGGGUGUUCUUCCGUUUUCCAAAUGCUCUGCCAACCCGGACAAUGUUUGUGCCCGUCAAUGAUCCAAGCUGACACGAGUCUAGUAAUAAUUACAUUGCUUUAGGAUCCGGAAGUGUGCCACAUGGGAUGACGGAUGUGUUCGGUGAACCGGUGUGACGCAUCAGUGAGUUGGUUUUACGAUUUCUGAAUUUUUGUUCGUUGUUUUUUUUGUCGAAGUUUUUCCGGGAAAUCACUCGCUGUUUGCAAUGCGAAAAAUACAUCCCGCGUUGUUGGUGAAUAAUCGGAACACAAAACAAUGGAUUGAUGUCGCUGCUGAAUGUGCCGAUCGAAUAGUGCUAGUGCUAGUGGUUCGGAACCGAACAAUACUGUCGACCGCUGCGGGAAGUGGCCUCUAAGCAAUGAGCAGUUUGAGAAGGCUCUGCAAUGUUAUCAUCGUUUGGUUUGUUUUGAAAGUCGCUGAGAGGAUUGUUUGCAUGCCGGAUGUUCGAGCCACAUGCCGAACGGUCCCGGGACUGACGCGCGAACAGCUGGAACUCUGUUACCGAGCAAGCGAUGUUACGGCCGCAGCCAUCGAAGGACUCGAACUUGGCGUUCGCGAGUGUCAGCAUCAGUUUCAGUGGCACCGGUGGAAUUGCUCGGCGUUGAGCACGAAAAGUCGGAAUCCGCACACGUCCAGUAUGUUAAAAAGAGGCUACCGUGAGAGUGCAUUUGCGUACGCGAUUGCUGCGGCCGGAGUGACACACAGCGUGGCGCGGGCCUGUGCCCAGGGACGGUUGAUUUCCUGCGGUUGCGAUCCGGCAGUCAAUCGAAAAGGAAUGAGCAAAUCGCUGAGGGAAAGCCUGGCGAAGGAGAAGCUGCGGUUUCUGGAUGCAAUCAACGUGAACAGUAUCCUGGUGGAUGACAGCUUAAAGAAGCUCAAAAAUAAACAAGCCAGCCGAUGGAAGUGGGGCGGCUGCUCGCAUAACAUGGCCUUCGGGGUAGAAUUUUCCGAGCUGUUCUUGGACACCCGGGAGAAAGGAGGCGAUAUUCAGUCGCAAAUUAACCUGCACAAUAACAACGCUGGCCGAAGGGCCGUUUCCAACAACAUGCAGGUUCGUUGCAAAUGUCACGGAAUGUCCGGUAGCUGUCAACUGAAGACAUGCUGGAAAUCGGCUCCCGAUUUCCGAGUCGUUGGAAAAGUUCUCAAACAGCAGUACCGUCGGGCGGUUCUGGUAGAUCAAUCGAACUUUGGCAACGGUCCUCCGAUGAUCGUCUACCAUAAACCAAAGAAGCGAAAACACGCCCUCAAUCUUCGGCCACCGCGACGUACCAAGGACAAGCCCCAUCAGAUGGUUCCGAUCAAUCGAGCCAAUCGCAAGAUGGAGAACGCCUUGUUCUACUACCAAAGAUCGCCGAAUUUCUGCGAACGUGAUCACAUUUCUGACAUUCCUGGAACUGUUGGCCGUCGGUGCAACCGAACGAGCAACGGAAGCGACGGUUGUGGAUCGAUGUGCUGCGGCCGAGGCUACAAUCUAAUCCGGGAAAAGCGGGUGGACCGUUGCAACUGCAAAUUCCACUGGUGUUGCUAUGUAGAGUGCGACGAUUGUGAAAUCGAAGAGUGGAUUAGUGUUUGCAAUUGAGGACAAAUUGUUUUCGACCCUUUUUCCCUCGCCCGUACGCCACUUCAAGUUAUCUAGUUACGCAACGAUGCAUUGGAGCGGACCUCAGCUAACUCCAUCAAGUGGUAACAAAUCUAGAGUGAGAUAAAAAUUUAAUUGCAACCGCGUGCGUCGAAUACUGAAGAUUGAAAUCGAAGGAUGCAAGAGUAGUGCCCGCGAGCCGCCACCGCCAUCCAGCGAAGUGAACGGAUUGUGUUUACCGUUGACACAAACGAGCUAGCGGAAAGCAAUCGAGUGACUUUAAUUAAUGUUGGAAUAAACUAUUUCGACCAAACAUGAGCGAUUCAGGACACGGCAUGUUCUCUCGACGACAGUAUUACCUAUACAAAGUGUAAUAGAUUUACCGACAACCACCAACUACUAAUCGUAGCUAAUCGUAAUUAUUGUACAUUGAUUAACCUCCAUCGUGUAUUUCAUUGAAGUUUUUAUUUUAAGUAAGUUAGUUUAAUUUAUUUGUUUCGCUGUACCUGUAUAUAAUGUUCGCAGUAAAUUUAGGACUCGUAUAAGCCGAUAGAUUGGACAGAUUGCUGUAAGAUGACAGAAGGCGAAACGGAUUGAAACUUACCUCUGUUUCGUAAUACAAACAGAUCACAAUAAUAGUCGCUUGAAGUAUACUAAACCACUAAUUUCGAGUAAUGUUGCGAAGUGACCUAAAGGAAUUGUUUAGCUUAGACAUACACGCUGCCCAGUUGCAUUAUUGAUCACACUUUAAUUUAUUGAAUAAACGAAU